CCCUUCAUUACACACAAACCUCAGAUCCGUGAGUCGUGUAUGGCCCCGGUUACCGUCAUGUCUUCUGAAGUUGUGGAUCAUUCGCGUGUGGUUUUAGGAGUUAAAGGAGAGACGCACACCAGUGUAGAUGAAGACGGAGAGAAACCGAAGAUCCUCCCGUUCAGCGUCGAAGCUCUGAUGUCAGACCGGAGACCGAGAAGCUCUACCGGCGGGACAUCACAGCAUCCCGCUGCAGAUUCUCACCGCUCGUCGUUCACGGUACCGGAGGACGCGCCGGUGCACGCGGAGAGCUCAGAGUGCGAGGAACGGAGCGCGUGGAUCCAAAGCCCCCGUUUCUCUCCCAGGCGUCUCAGUCCUCCAGCGUGUCCUUUGAGAAAACACAAGAGCAACCGGAAGCCUCGAACCCCGUUCAGCACGUCGCAGCUGCUCGCGCUGGAGAGGAAGUUCCGUCAGAAACAGUAUCUGUCCAUCGCGGAACGGGCCGAGUUCUCCAGUUCACUGAAUCUGACAGAGACACAGGUCAAGAUCUGGUUCCAGAACAGACGAGCAAAAGCCAAGAGGCUCCAAGAGGCCGAGCUGGAGAAACUGAAAAUGGCCACCAAGACGAUGCUUCCUCCGGCCUUCGGGAUUUCGGGAUUUCCAGUGGGCGCUCAGGUGUCCGGAUCGCAUCACUUCCACAGACACUCUCUGAGCGUGACUCCGAUGGGACUGUACACACACAUGGGAUACAGCAUGUAUCAUUUAGCUUAAGUGACUCUGAAUCUGAAUCUCAGCGAGAAGAAAUGCUCUUAUCCCCUUCAGAUUAAAGUGAAGCUGAUGCUGUCACAUAUGAAAGCAUCUUUGCUCGAAGGUAAGGAGGUCGGGUGGAAACAGUGCGUUAUCUCACACUUGCAUUCAUAGAAAUGCGUUCACGAUCCAACACGUGAAUGUUUUAAAGAACCACAGCAUUUAAAGGAACGAACAGCGCUGACUGUUGCUUUAGUGACUCCCUUCGAAAGGGA